AUGGCCCCUGCAGAUGCCAAAGGGACCAUCCGGGAGAUUGUCCUGCCUAAGGGUUUGGACCUGGACAGGCCCAAGCGGACCCGCACAUCCUUUACGGCUGAGCAGUUGUACCGCCUGGAAAUGGAGUUCCAGCGCUGCCAGUAUGUGGUGGGCCGAGAGCGCACCGAGCUGGCCCGCCAGCUGAACCUCUCCGAGACCCAGGUGAAGGUCUGGUUCCAGAACCGCCGCACCAAGCAGAAGAAAGACCAGAGCAGAGACCUGGAGAAGCGGGCGUCCUCCUCGGCCUCCGAGGCCUUUGCCACAUCCAACAUCCUGCGGCUGCUGGAGCAGGGCCGGCUGCUGUCUGUGCCUAGGGCCCCCGGCCUCCUGGCGCUGACCCCUGGCCCACUGGGCCUGCCUGCCGGCCACAGGGGCACCUCACUGGGUGACCCCAGGAACUCCUCCCCGUGCCUCAACCCACUGACCUCAGCGUCGGCGUCCCCGCCCCUGCCACCCCCUCCACCGGCCCUCUGCUUUUCCACUGCCCCACUCCUGGACCUGUCUGCCUGCUAUGAACUGGGCUCCUCGGCCUUCGCACCCUACAGCAGGCUAGAACGGAGAGUGGGCAGCCCCAGCGGCAGCGGCGGUGACAAGAAAGCCAACAUUUAA